ACAAAAAAUGUUAUAAAUAGUGUGUACUUCUAAAUUCUAAUCAUACUUCCUGAGCUGUAGAGCUAGAGAGCAAUGGCUCAGCAAGCGUUCAUGGAAGUUCCAGUGAAGUAUCCGGGCAAGCUUACCUUGAGGGUUGUCUUCACUUGCAUUAUGGCUGCUACCGGUGGCUUGAUUUUUGGCUAUGAUCAUGGUGUUUCAGGGGGAGUGACUUCCAUGGAUCCAUUUUUGAAGAGAUUCUUUCCCUCUGUUUAUGAGAAGGAGUCUACUCUGAAGCCUUCUUCAAACCAAUAUUGUAAAUUCAACAGUCAGGUAUUGACACUCUUCACAUCCUCACUGUAUCUGAGUGCCCUUGUUGCUGGCCUCGGCGCCUCGAGCAUAACUCGGAUGCUUGGCCGGCGCGCAACCAUGAUCUUGGGCGGAAUAUUCUUUGUUGGAGGUGCAUUACUCAAUGGAUUAGCUGUACACAUAUGGAUGCUUAUUAUUGGGAGACUCUUGCUUGGUUUUGGAAUUGGCUGUGCAAAUCAGUCUGUGCCAAUUUAUCUUUCAGAGAUGGCACCCUAUAAAUACAGGGGAGCACUUAACAUGUGCUUCCAAUUGUCAAUCACUAUAGGCAUCUUUGUUGCAAAUCUCUUCAAUUACUACUUUGCAAAUAUACUGAGUGGUCAGGGAUGGCGCUUGAGCUUGGGGCUUGGUGCAGUCCCCGCUGUUAUCUUUGUCAUAGGCUCAAUUUGCCUUCCUGAUUCACCAAACUCACUUGUUGCCCGUGACCGCCUUGAGGAUGCACGAAAGGAGCUUGUGAGAAUUCGUGGCACUACUGAAAUCGAUGCAGAGUUGAAAGAUAUAGUUGCAGCUAGCGAAGCCUCAGAGAAGGUUAAGCACCCUUGGAGAACCUUGAUGGAGAGGAAGUAUAGACCGCAGCUUGUUUUCGCCAUAUGCAUACCCUUUUUCCAGCAAUUCACCGGCUUAAACGUGAUCACAUUCUAUGCUCCUAUUUUGUUUAGAACAAUUGGUUUCGGAAGCACGGCUUCUCUUAUGUCCUCAGUGAUCAUUGGCAGCUUUAAACCUGUUUCAACCUUCGUUUCCAUUCUUCUUGUAGAUAAAUUCGGAAGGCGCACACUUUUCCUUGAGGGUGGUGCUCAAAUGCUGAUUUGCCAAAUUAUCAUGACGAUUGCUAUUGCUCUUGCAUUCGGCACUAGUGGCAACCCCGGCACACUUCCCAAAUGGUAUGCAUUUGUGGUUGUAGGCAUCAUCUGCAUAUACGUUUCCGGUUAUGCAUGGUCUUGGGGUCCUCUAGGCUGGUUGGUACCGAGCGAAAUCUUUCCACUUGAGAUCAGGCCUGCGGCUCAGAGCAUCACGGUUGGGGUCAACAUGAUCAGUACUUUCUUCAUAGCUCAAUUCUUCACGUCAAUGCUAUGCCACUUGAAAUUCGGUUUGUUCAUAUUUUUCGGGUGCUUUGUGGUGAUCAUGACCAUAUUCAUCUACAAGUUGUUGCCAGAAACAAAGGGUGUUCCUCUUGAGGAAAUGAGUAUGGUAUGGCAGAAGCAUCCCUUCUGGUGCAGAUUUGUGGAGUCAGAUAGCAGGACCAAGGUUGAAUCUACAUGUUGAUUUUUAGUUGUUAUUUCUUAGUCCUAGAAUUUGUGCAACUGUGAAUUAGCUUGAAAAAUUCCUUAGCUUUUUACUUUUUCUUUUUUUCUCUGUUGAUUUUUAUGCACAAGGCGUUUGAGUUGGAAUAUAAACUCAAUACCAUAUAGAAUUAGAUUCAAAGUUUAAAGUUCCAGAGUUACGUUCAAUUGAACAUGUCAAACACUAAGAAACUUUAUAAGCAGUGGGAAUUAUAAUUUUUUUUUGGUUUAA